AUGGCUUCCAAUCCUCCCGGUGCAUGUUGCUACAAAGGCGUCACUCACGAAGGUGAGGCCAAGGGUGAAUUCAUUCAGAUUGGUGAUUUCGAGACAUAUGUUGCCUAUCCGGAGAACAAGUCCACCGAAAAGGCGAUUCUCCUCAUUACGGACGUCAUCGGCCAUCGUUUCAUCAACGCUCAAUUGAUCGCCGACCAGUUCGCCGCCAACGGCUACUUUGUACUGAGUCCUGAUCUGUUCGACAAGGAUCCCAUUCCUUUGAACCGUGAUGACAACUUCGACAUCAUGCAAUGGCUCCAAGGCGCAUACCACCCCAAGAAGACUGCACAUCUGCCUCCCACCGUCGACCCAAUCAUCGAUGCAUGCCUGGUGGAGCUACGAACUAAGUACAAUGCAAAGAAAAUCGGUGCGGUAGGCUACUGCUUCGGCGGCAAGUACGUGGUGCGCCACCUACGGCCCGAGGCCGGCAAGAUCGACGCCGGCUUCACUGCGCACCCAUCGUUCGUGGACGCGGACGAGCUCAAGGCGAUCAAGGGCCCCCUCUCCAUCGCCGCCGCAGAGACCGACUCCAUCUUCCCGACCGAGAAGCGUCACGAGAGCGAAGUCCUCCUCAAAGAGACCGGCCAGCCAUACCAGAUCAACCUAUACUCGGGCGUCGAACACGGCUUCGCCGUCCGCGCCGACUUGAGCAACCCCGUCACAAAAUACGCAAAGGAGACCGCCUUCAUCCAGGCGUUGCAGUGGUUUGAUGAACACUUGCAGUAA